GCGCUGCGAGCACAGCUGCACAACGAGCGCUGGCGGCGGCGGCAGCGGAGCCUCGGUUCCGCUCGUGUCCCCUCUCCUCCUUUUUUGUUUUCUCCCCUCCUUCCUCCCCUCUUCCCUCCCCUUCCCCCGCGUUGCCCGAGCUCGCCGGCACUGCCCGGCACAGCCCAACACCCAGCGCACUGCCCCGGCCGCCGGCCCGGGCUGGAAAGUUGCGGCAGACUCCGGUGCACUGCACCGCGGGGGGAAGACUCCGGACUUACAAAACCCAGACGGUUCGCACCGCUCUUCUUCCUGCACAGACCCGAAGGCAGCAUCUUUGUUUUGUUUUGCUUUUGCCCUUCCUGCUGCCGUUCGCUCGUUUCUCCUUGCGACCGGGCGCGUCGGUGGCAGGAGCUGCUGCAGGCUGCGGCGCACUGCGAGCGCUCAUACAGGAGACAUCCAGGGGCAGGAGACAUCCAGGGCAGGAGACAUCCAGGGCAGGAGACAUCCAGGCGGCCCCGGCUCGUCCUUGGCUUUGUUGUCCGGACUGAAGAAGCCCCAGAAGCCGGGAGAAGGAGGCGGCGGUGGAGGGGCAGCGGAGGAAAGGAAGCGAGAGAGCAGAGCCCGGGUUGGUUUGGAAUAGGGGAGCGCGGGCAGCCCCCUGCCAGGCUGCGCGCUGGGGUGAGGUCUCCAGCCCCUCCGCCGGGAGAGGUGCCCGCAAGACAGCGAUGGCCGGAGAGCUCAGCAUCGGAGCCGAGCUGCCCACUAGCCCCCUGGCCAUGGAGUAUGUCAACGACUUCGACCUGAUGAAGUUCGACGUGAAGAAGGAGCCCCUGGGCAGGAACGACCGCUCGGGCAGGCACUGCACUCGCCUGCAGCCCGCCGGCUCCGUCUCCUCCACCCCCAUCAGCACGCCCUGCAGCUCCGUGCCCUCCUCGCCCAGCUUCAGCCCCACCGAGCAGAAGACCCACUUGGAGGACCUGUACUGGAUGGCCAACAGCUACCAGCAGAUGAACCCCGAGGCGCUGAACCUCACCCCGGAGGACGCUGUUGAAGCCCUCAUUGGGUCCCACCAGGUGUCCCAGCAGCUGCAAGGCUUCGAGAGCUUCCGGGCCCACCACCACCACCAUCAUCACCAUCACCAGCACCACCACCAGUACCCCGCCGUCACUCAUGAAGACCUGGCCGGCAGCGGGCACCCUCACCAUCACCACCACCACCACCACCAGGCCUCUCCCACUCCCUCCACCUCCUCCAGCUCCUCCCAGCAGCUCCAGAACUCGCACCAGCAGCAUCCCCCCUCCAGCAGCGUGGAGGACCGGUUCUCAGAUGACCAGCUGGUCUCCAUGUCCGUGAGGGAGCUCAACAGGCACCUCCGAGGCUUCACCAAAGACGAGGUGAUCCGCCUCAAGCAGAAGAGGAGGACCUUGAAGAACAGGGGCUAUGCCCAGUCCUGCAGGUAUAAACGUGUCCAGCAGAAACACCACCUGGAGAACGAAAAGACGCAGCUCAUUCAGCAGGUGGAACAACUCAAGCAAGAAGUGACCCGGCUCGCCAGAGAGAGAGACGCCUACAAGCUCAAGUGUGAGAAACUUGCCAGCAAUGGCUUCAGAGAGGCCGGCUCCACCAGUGACAACCCGUCUUCCCCUGAGUUCUUCAUGUGAGUGCUUAACAAAAAUGAUUAAAAAACAAACACCCCCCCCCCCCCGCCCCCCAAACCUGACCCCGUCACCUUCCCCCCGCUCCCAUCCUCCUCUGACAUCUCCAUCCAUCUGUCUGCUUGACUAGAGAGAAAGGAGAGAAAAAUAGAGACUUGACUUUUUUGUUUUGUUUUUGCAGCAUCCAAGUCUUCUAGAGUAGCUGUGGGAAGAGUAGGCUGGGGGUGGGGAUGGGAGAGGUGAAGUGCAACUUUUGGACUUUCGUUUGUGAGUUAGAGAGAGGGACAGAGGCAGAGGCCAAGGAGAAAAGGCCAAGUGAAGCGGUUUACAGCUCGCUUGCUUGCCAAACGAGAUGGACUUUAAGAGAAUAACAAUAAAAAAGGACAAUGAACAAGCCAUCUAUUACAUGCUGCCUGCUCGGGAAGAGAGAGGACAUACCCAGCACCAUCUCAUGCACAAUUUACCUGCUUGGAAAAAAGAGAAUAAAUAAAAAGGACAAUAUAUGCAAACUCUUCAUAUAUUGCCUGCUUUGAGACAUAAGUUGCAGGACUCACAUGGGACAUUGAAUCUAAGAAAGGAAAGAAAGAAAGAAAGAAAAAAAACUCAUCAGUUUUAUUGCCUGCUUGAUUAUAUAGAAAAAUACGAAAAUCUGCAUUAAAAAUAUUAAUCCUGCAUGCUGGACAUGUAUGGUAAUAAUUUCUAUUUUGUACCAUUUUCUUGUUUAACUAUAGCAUGUUGAUCAUCGACCAUAGAUUUCUGUUAUUGUUUUGUUUCAUCGCUAAGAAAAGCAUCCCAAGUUAUCAAACUUUCUACUGCUUGUGCAGUUCUGUUCGUUGGUUUUGCUCUUGGUUUUCUUUUAUGGUGUUGGCUUGUAAAUAUCUGCUACUUCAAACCGCACAGGAGAGAAAAACAUACAGACACACAAUAACAUUUCAGCAGGCUGGUUGUACGGUUUGUUUGGUAUUAAAGAGAUACUUAAGGAAAAGAAGUUAUGGGCAUUUUGCAUUAGAAAAAACAAAACAACUUCGUGUAUCUGGUGCACUUUUAAGUUGUGUUUUUUACUUUUUGUUUUAGUUUUCAUUUUGGUUUUUGUUUGUUGGGGCAGAAGCCAAACCGCCUGAAUGGCAUUGACAAACCUAAACUUACCAGGGAAAAACUCCGAUCGGUCACUAGAGACUCCUCCAUGCCUUAAAGUGGCAGCGAAGCUCUUCCCUUCAGGACAAUUCCCAGCCUCGAGCGGGGAGGUUUGGCCAUGGAGUUUCCCUUCUGAUUGUACACUCAGGAAGCGAAGGACGGACGAGAUACCAGUUCCUUUAGAGCAACAACUGCCCCUUGGGUUUCGGUAAAUAAAGGAAAACUAAACCCAGCCCACCCCCCCUCCUCGACAGGAGCCGAGUCGCGAUAGCAGCGAGGGCUCUCCGUGCCCCCUGAAGUCGGGUUCUCGCUGGCAGCAGCGCAGAGGGGGGGGCUGAGAACAAGUGAGCCCCACACGUGGUUUGAGGAAGACACACCGCAACUUUAAAGUGUAUUCUUUUGCAAUGAUUUGUAACCUGCUUCUCUGCUUCCCUAUGCAGCGAGUGAACGUUUUAGCCCAAAUUUAUUUGCAGUUGUGUAGUAGCAGUAGUUUGGAGUCUUAUGGGUGUUUUUAUUACUUUGGGUUUUUUUUUUUUUUUCCUCCUGCAGGUCAGUAAAAGGAUUUACGUUGCACUGACAAAAAUACCAAAAUGAAAACUUAUUUUUUAGUUUCCUGUUAGGAUAGCUGGCACUGCUGGCCGGAUGCAUUUUAAGUUUGUAUUAGUUUAUAAAUUAACAGUAAUAACAAGAUUGUAAUGAACAGCAUGGUGCUUGCAGUUUUAAAUAUUGUGGAUAUUAGUCAUGCAUCAGAAAACGAGCUUUGGUUUUUACUGAUUCAACUGUGUUGAAAUCAAAACAUUGCAGCAGCGGGAAAAAAAAUGGUUUUUAUUUCAUGUAAAGUUCUGAAGGGAUCAAUUUCAAAUCCUGCUUAUGAUAUGGAAAAUAUUAAAAAACCUGGUCUAUUGUAGUUUUAUUCAGACUGGUUUCUGUUUUUGGUUAUUAAAAUUGUUUCCUAUUUUGCUUAUUAAAAUCAUGGAAAUGGCA